GUUGACAAUCGUUACCUCGUCCAUGUCUUCGGUCCUCACCUGCAGACGUCCCGUCGGCCGAACUUUAAGGAACUGUCCCAGGACCACACCCGCUGUCAGCGCUGGCUCUAUGAAAAACGCAUCAAGGCCUUUUACACGCCCGUUUUCUCCGACAACCUGAGGCACGGGACGCAGUUCCUCCUGCAGGCGGUUGGUUUAGGUCGUCUGAAGCCGAACACGCUGGUCAUGGGAUUCAAGAACAACUGGAGUGAAGGAGACAUGAGAGACGUGGAGAUUUACGUCAACACUAUCCACGACGCCUUCGACCUCCAGUUUGGAGUCGUGAUCCUCAGACUGCAGGAAGGACUGGACGUCUCCCACAUCCACGGACAAGACGAGCUGCUGUCCCACGAGAAGCCGCCAGUCGGCACUAACGAGGUGGUGGUCUCUGUGAAUCUUGUGAAAGACUCGGACUCUGACUCCUGUCCUUCAAAGUCCACGAGCAACCAGAGCAGUCCACUCAUCAUCAGAGAAACUAAACCUCCUCUGAGUCUGACGGACCAACGUCUGCUGGAGUCCAGUCAACAGUUCAAGAAGAAACAGGGCAAAGGAACCAUCGACGUCUGGUGGCUGUUCGAUGACGGAGGUCUGACUCUGCUGAUUCCGUACCUGCUGACCAACAGGAGUAAAUGGGGCGACUGCCGGAUCCGCGUCUUCAUCGGCGGGAAGAUCAACCGCAUCGACCACGACCGCCGAGUGAUGGCCACGCUGCUCAGCAGGUUCAGAAUCGACUUCUCUGACAUCAACGUCCUCGGAGACAUCAACACCAAACCCAAGAAACACAAUAAGUUGAGUUUUAAGGAGCUGAUCGAGCCGUACAGGCUGAAGGAGGACGACAUGGAGCAGGAAGCUGCCGAGCGGCUGAAAGCUCAGGAGCCGUGGAGGAUCACUGACAACGAGCUGGAGCUGUACAAGGCCAAG